AUGGAUCUCGUCAAUCACCUCUCCGACCGGCUCCUCUUCGCCGUGCCCAAAAAAGGCCGCCUUCAAGCCGCGACUCUCGACCUCCUCUCAGGGUCCGACAUUCAAUUUCGGCGGGAAACCAGACUCGACAUUGCUCUAGUGAAGAACCACCCGCUGGCACUUAUCUUUUUGCCCGCGGCGGACAUUCCCACGUUUGUGGGCGAAGGACGAGUCGACCUUGGGAUUACGGGACGAGAUCAAGUGGCUGAGCAUGACGCCCAUCUGGCUCUAGGUGAGGAAUCAGGAGUGGAAGAAAUCAUGGACCUUGGAUUUGGCAGGUGUAAACUGCAAGUUCAGGUCCCCGAGAAAGGCCCUAUUCAAGAUGUGAACGACCUGGUCGGCAAGAACAUCGUGACGAGUUUUACCGGACUUGCUGAGGAUUACUUUGCACGCUUAGAAGGCAUGGGCGGGCGCAAGGAGAGCAUAAAUGGCACAGCCAGUCCGAUUCCGAAGCUGAAGACGAAGAUCAAAUUUGUGGGCGGUAGCGUCGAAGCAGCUUGCGCUCUAGGUGUGGCAGACGGAAUUGUCGACCUGGUCGAGUCCGGGGAGACGAUGAGAGCAGCAGGGCUCAAGGCAAUCGAAACAGUGGUCGAGAGCACAGCCGUCUUGAUCAAGUCGAAAUCGGUCUCGAAUGAACAACUUGUCAACAAGAUCGCCGCGCGGAUACGCGGGGUCAUUACUGCGCAGAAAUAUAUCUUGUGCCAGUAUAACGUCCCGCGAGCAAAAUUGGCAGCUGCGACCAAGAUCACUCCAGGCAAGAGGGCGCCCACGAUAACAGCUUUGGAGGAACCGGACUGGGUGGCCGUGAGCUCGAUGGUCGAAAAGCAGCACAUUGCGACAGUCAUGGAUGAGUUGACAGGAGUAGGCGCGACAGAUAUCUUGGUCUUGGAUAUAGCGAAUUCACGGACCGGUUGA